AUGGCAACGACAAGCCGCUCAGACAAUGGCGCGUCCCUAGGCCCGGCGCUUCCGACACCUACCCACGGGUCCGGGGGCACCUUCUCAGUUUCAUGCACCGCUCUCAUCGAAGCCACGCCCGAAGAAUGCCUCAAUGUGAUUGUGAACUCGUUAGACUGUAUGUCUCCUAUCAUUCUCAACAAAGAUCCCGCUUGGAACCGCUUCUGCCGCACAUGCACAAUUGACUCCCAGCCGGCCGACACCGACACCCACACCCAACCCCGGUCCCAGCUAACCACAACAACCUUACGGCUGGGCACCCAGUUCACCUUUGCCGUGUAUCUCCCCCCGGACAAACCGGACUCCGGUCCGCCAGACCAACAUGUCGCCCCCGAAACCAACUCAAACCGUCACGACAUCACCACGGAUAAUGUCACUACCAGCCCUAGAAAAGGCCUCCGCAUCGCGUGGAAGGUGCGGCCAAGUUGGCUGAGGCCCGGGUGGGCGCUCCGAUCGGAGAGAGUGCAGGACCUCAUCGAGACUGUGGGCCCGGACGGCAAACCGGCGACGGAGUACCGCUGCUGGGAGACUUUUUACGGGACGUUGGCGCCGGUGGUGAAGAUGGCGGUGGGGAGCCAUCUUGAGCGGGGGUUUGAUGCUUGGUUGAGGGGGUUGAAGGAGAGGGCGGAGGGGAGAAUGUGA